GCGCAGAGCCGGGGCAGGAGCGAGCUGUGCUGGGCCGGGCUGUGCUCGCAGACAGGAGGAGACACCGAGCCGCGCACCAUGUGCUCCCUCACCCGUGUGCUGGUGCUGGUGCUGGGCGCGCUGCUGGGCGCGCCGUGGCGGGUGCUGCACGGGGCGCCGCUGGCCGAGCUCUCGGGGGACCAGGACUUCCAGCUCUUCCUGCACAGGAACCUCGAGUUCACCCGCAAGAUCAAGGGGGAUGUGGCCGCGCUGCAGCGCGUGGUGUGCGACACCUUCCAGCUGUGCAAGGAGGAAGAGCUGCUGCUGGUGCAGCAGGACCUGCGCAUCACGCAGGUGGCCCUGGAGCAGUGCCACCGCCCCAGCUUCCAGGCGGAGGCUUGCUUCAGCCAGAUCCGCGACGGGCUCCACGCCUACCACAGCUCCCUCACCGCUGUCCUGGAGCUGCUGCCCUCGCACGCCGGCCUGGUGGAGACGCUGCAGCUGGACGCGGCCAACCUCUCCUCCAACAUCCAGCAGCAGAUGGAGGACCUGGGCCUGGACACGGUGACGUUCCCCGCCGAGGGCCGCGGCCCCCUCCCUGCCUUCUCCUCCCACUUCCAGCACCAGGUCGGCGGCUUCCUCAUCCUGGCCAACUUCCAGCGGUUCCUGGAGACGGCGUACCGGGCGCUGCGGCACCUCGCCCGCCUCUGACGCCCGGCCCCGCACCGCCCCGCGCUAUUUAUUCCCCAGCCCCAGCGACCUUCCCCGCUUAUUUAAUAUUUAUCGCUAUUUAAUAUUUAUCUGGCCGGGGAGGCUCCCCCCUGCCCUUCGGUCCCCAAGCAGGGCAGCCAGCCCUGCGGUGGCAUCCGCGCACGGGCGUCUGUGCGCAGCAUCGCCCUUGUUUAAUAUUUAAACAAAAGAGUAUCUCUGCUAGGAGUUUUGGGAGCCAGGCCAAGCCUUGGCUCCUGCACCGCCUGCACCGGGAGCUGCGGUGACCCCGCGGCGUCCCGCUGAGCCCAGGGGAAUCCGCCUUCGUCCGCAGCUGGAGAUGCUCCGGAGCAGCACCUCCCUGCCCAGGCUGCAGCCUGCGGGGACAGAGCUGACGGGCGUUAUUCCUAUUAGGCUUAUUCACGUUAAUUAAUAUUUAUUAGCCGUUAGGUUAGGAGGGAGGGGAGGAUGGCGGUGCCGCGGGGGGCUCUCCGCUCCCACCUUUGGGGGGAGCUGAGGCUUCGCUCCGCCCGCGCCCCCUCCACGCCGCGUUUGUAUUUAUUGCCCUUUAACUUAUUCACACGCAGCAGCCCCCGGGCCCACGGUGGCCGCGUGCAGCUCUCCCCGUCCCACGCACCCGGAUUUGCGUACUGGAAAUUUCACAGCCCGCCCUGGCGGGGUCUCGUGAGCUGUGUAUUUUGUACUGUAUUUAUUGCCACAGCUGGGCGAGCCC